CAUGCCUGAUAGAGCCUGUAGCCAAGUCUCCUGAACUGCGGGAGCUGGUAGAAGUCAAUCUGGAGUUUCAGAAAAGACUUGAGGAGCUGCUGCACAGCGACAGGUUCUUCAGGGACGACUUUGCUGUUGUUCUCCAGCCCUUCCUGAAGCACGCAGACCCUCCCCGUCUCCCGGUAGUCUAGCCUCACUCCAAAGGCCUCAACAAUAUCAACGUGGCAGGAGAUGAAUCAGUGUGAAACAUUACACAGAAUCAUUAACAUGCCGAGUGUGACAGCUGCAGCUUUUCCCAACACACCCCCUUCAGUUAAUCCACGCUCGUGUGUAUGUCUUUGUCUCUCUGUGCAGAAUGGGAAGAUCGAUAUGACCUUCUUCACUCACGACUGCUUCCACUUCACCAUAAAGGGGCACGAGGAGCUGGCCAAGGGGCUGUGGAACAACAUGUUUCAGCCUGAGGGAGGAAAGAUGAUUGUGAGCAGUUUCUCCGACCCCAUCAGCCUCAUCUGUCCACCUAUGGAACACCCAUAUAUCUUCACCCGGCCGAUUGCAGCCAAGUCAGGCAAGCCUCAAAUUCAGUCCGACGCUCUGUCGCAGGCAGCCGCCUUCCUGCUGCUCUCACUCCUUGUGGGUUUGGGAUGUCUUGGACUCCUGUAGCUUUCACUUUGCUGGACCAUUUCACAAGCACGUCACUGCUGUAUUGGUUGCUGCUGAGGUGAUACAGUCGAUCACCUGCAAAGGAGAUUUUGCAAGCCACUCCUUGCAACUUUGCAUGUCUGCAGCCCCAAAUAACAGCACAGAGGAUAAUGUGAUCAUGAAUACUGCAACCUGACUAUUUCAUUCAUUUCAUUUUUAGAGGCAGUUGGAGGUGGCGAAGACUUUUAGUUGUUGUUGGUGAGCAGCUUUCUUUGGAUGAAACGGCUGCUGUAGGAAGCAGAAAGCAGAAAGUUUUAUUAAAAUUUGAUUUCGUCAUUCCUGCACCAAGAUGAUUUACCUGCUCUGAGGACACACUCACUGGGACGAUCGUCUAUGUUUCUCCCAUGUUUGUAAUUAAAAAUAAUAGACUGUAGGUGUAUUUUUAAGGAAAAGUCUUGCAAAGUGCUGCUUUAACUAUAAUGUAUUACCUAACUAGUGUAGCAUUAAAUAACAAUCAUUGAAUUGUUCAUGUGACAUUUAUACAUUCAUAUAUAAAUAUUAAACUAAUUAGACUU